GUCGCUCCCGCGGCGCGAGGCGCUCUUGCUCUUCUCCUCCUCCUCCGCCGUCGCCCCUCCCCCCGCGCAGCCGCCGCCGCCGCCAGGAGACCCCCGCGUGCCGCGCUCUCCCCCCCCACCCCCGCCCUUCGGCCCCGCGCGCCCUUCGGCCCCGGCGGCCCCCGAGGAAACGAGAGGGCGAGCGAGCGCGGCGCUCCCGGGCCGGCUCGGCCCCGUCCGCUCACCAUCGCCGGCCCUCCGCCGCCUUCCUCCGCUUCCACCUCCUCUCCCCCCCCCCCGCCAAGUUGAGGCCCCCUCCGGGGGGGGAGGCCCGGGACCCGGAGCGAAUUUCUCUAACUCUCUCCACCUUACCCCCACCCGGCCCGAGUGUGAGGAGAAGGGCCCGGCCCGGCCCGCGUCGUGUGUGAGGAGGAACCGGGCCGGCCCACGGGCCGUCUGGGGCCUGGUCCGGGCCACCGGGUGUGUGAAGACAGGGGCCCGGUGCGGGCCGGCCGAGGGCGAGCGGAGCGGAGGGGAGGGGCCUGGUCCGGCCCGGCCGGUGCGUGAGGACUGGGGCCCCGGCCCGGCGCCGCCGUCGCCGCGAUGGCCCAGCAGCAGAUGACCAGUUCGCAGAAGGCCCUGAUGCUCGAGCUGAAAUCCCUUCAGGAGGAGCCGGUGGAGGGCUUCCGGAUCACCCUGGUGGAUGAAUCCGACCUCUACAACUGGGAGGUUGCCAUCUUCGGACCCCCUAACACCCUCUACGAAGGCGGCUACUUCAAGGCGCAUAUUAAAUUUCCUAUUGACUACCCAUAUUCACCACCUACCUUCAGAUUCUUGACCAAAAUGUGGCACCCCAACAUUUAUGAGAAUGGAGAUGUAUGCAUUUCAAUUCUUCAUCCACCUGUAGAUGACCCACAGAGUGGAGAACUGCCCUCUGAAAGGUGGAAUCCUACUCAAAAUGUCAGGACUAUCCUGUUAAGUGUAAUCUCAUUGCUUAAUGAGCCCAACACCUUCUCCCCAGCCAAUGUGGAUGCCUCGGUUAUGUUCAGGAAAUGGAGGGACAGUAAAGGAAAAGACAAAGAAUAUGCUGAAAUCAUUAGGAAACAGGUGUCAGCCACUAAAGCCGAAGCAGAAAAGGAUGGAGUGAAGGUCCCCACGACCCUGGCGGAAUACUGCAUCAAAACUAAAGUGCCUUCCAAUGACAACAGCUCAGAUUUGCUUUAUGACGACUUGUACGACGACGACAUUGAUGAUGAAGAUGAGGAGGAGGAAGAUGCCGACUGUUAUGACGAUGAUGAUUCUGGGAAUGAGGAGUCGUGACGUGCUCCUUCAAGGCCCCUGUACUGCCCUGCCGUCUCAGGCCAAAGGGAGGGGAGCAAGUGGGGACCUAGCAGUGGCCCCUCAGCAAAAACCUAUCAUGGGGGUGGGGAAAACAAACACGGCUCCUGGUGACUCCCCUUAUGGAUCUCAGUUUGCUCCUUUUUAUGGACCUCUUAAUGGAGAGAAACUAAUCCUCCACAGAAUGUCUGAAUUCUUGCAUUCUUUACCCUUCCAUCACUGUAUUGAUUUUUUUUUUUUUCUUUCUUUAAACCCAAACUCCCACCUCACUUUGUCUCUGCAAAGUGUUCACAGCAAAACACGUUUGGUCUGUUUUUAGAUUCUUGAAGAAUUAAAUAGUCUUUCAUCAAGACGUUUAAUGUGUUUAAAGCUGGGAACCCAUCGGGAGUUCACAAGUGCUGCAUAUGCUGGGUAGCAAAAGAAAAAAAAAAAACCGUAAAAGCCCCACAAAACAAACUUUUUCUUAACAAAGCAAAUUUGCCAAGUUUUAGCUGCUCAUUUACA